AUGGAGGAACGUCUCACCACCGAAGAGGCUCUUAACCAUCCCUAUCUCGAGGAAGCACGAUUGCGCUUUCACUCAUGUAUGUGCACCUGUUGUCACGAUGUUCCCGUCACUGGACCAUCAUCUACACAAAAUAUUCAAAUGACAAGCAAACCUGAGCAGGAGAAGAUGUCGAGUUCCAGUCUCUACGCAUCAGAGGAUGGUCUAACAAAAGCAAUUGCCUCUACCUCGCGGGUGUUUGAAGCGUCAUCUGGCUCUGUAGCAAGCGAUCUUUCCCCCACGAACUCUGUCUGUCCUCCUUCUAAUUCUCUCCUGUCAUAUACCAGCUCUCGUCAUCAGCAACAACAUAGUCAGCCUGUCUAUAAUCAGCAUAACCUUAAUAACAUUCAGUCAAAUCAACAGCAGCAGUCUUCCACUCAGCCCGUUCAUUCCCAAACAGUUUCACAGCAGUACUCACACUACGCAACUCAUCAACAGCUGGCCUCGCAACAACAUUCCGCAUUACAUCAUUCAUCCCAAUAUCAAUCUGUCACUCAAGGCCAUCACAAUAGCCGACAUUCGCUCAACUCCUCUUCUCUAACUCCAGGCACUCCCGAAGGAGGUGGCAUUAUUAAUAAUGUCGGGGUUGACCAACAGUCGAUUGGCUACUCUAACAGAACAGCGGCGGCUGGAUGUUCUCCCGACUCUAGCAUUGCUGUUGGCUCAUCGAAUGCAUCUUGCGGUUCUUUGGCAUCGGAAGCAGCAGCAGUAGACUCUAGUAGCAGUGGAACAGUGUUCUCGCAUGCACAGAGUUCGGGAGGAGCUCUUUCGCCAACGAGACGCAUUUUCUGUCUGGAUUUGGAUCCAAUCUGUUUGACUCCUCCCCCGCUCGAGAUGGAAAUACAGUUUGGAAGAGUGGUUAAUGUUAAAAGUGAGCUUGCACGACGCCUUAAGCUACACACAUGUAAAUCUUUGAUUACCGUAUUUUCCGGCGUAUAA